UUGAUUUUGAUGCCGUGUUCGGUCACGGAGAUCUGUUGACUGGCUUAGCAAGGACGAGUAGGGCUCUCUCGUUGGUGGAAGUUUCACUUCAUUGUGAUGGACAGCUAGAAAUUUCCUGAGAUUUUUAAGCGGCCGAAAAGUUUCCAAUCCAUCGGGGGUUGAAAGGAGCCCCAAGAGAUGCCACAAGGGCGUCGCUCAUGUCGCUUCACCUCAUUGAGCUCUGCCAAAACAUUGAUGUGUGUUAUGGGUCUGUUCACGACCUCCGGGAUUUUUUGGCUGGGACACAAUUUGCAGAACGAUAACAGACCAAGACAAGGAUACGUCAAGAUGAACAAAAACCAUGAAAUUGCGCAUACCGCAUCGAUUGACACUGGGAUGACUCAUGUCAUCCUUGGUCUUGCAACCUCCCAAACCAAAGUGAAACAAGUCAAGGCCGGGACCUUUUACGACCGUUUUAUACGCGACUACAGCGGGAUUCUACCAGAAUGGCGGGGAUUUCCACCAAGCCGUUAUAUUUUGAAUUGUCCAAUGAUCUGCGUGCAGGAGCAGCCAGAGCUGAUAGUUGUCGUGGCCUCAGCCAUUACUCAUAUUGAACGUCGGCAGCUUAUUCGGGAAAACUGGGGGUCAUCUGAAAACAAGGUCAAAAACAAGAUGACCGUGGUGUACAUCUUCGGGUCGACGUUAGAUGGCGCUCAACAGAACUUCCUGCAACGAGAGAAGGCGCAUUACAAUGACGUCAUUCAAUUAGACUUUUUAGACACAUACCGAAAUUUGACCAUCAAGUCGGUAGCCAUGUUGAAUUGGUUAAAAGAUUUCUGUACGAGUGCACGUUUUGUUUUGAAAGCUGAUGACGACAUGCUUAUAAACCCGGAUGUACUUUUAUCAAGAUUGCGACACUAUCAGCCUAAAUUUGACAAGUUCUUUUUGUGUGCCGUCCGAAAAGGAAUUAAGGCGGUCCGGAGUGAUGAUUACAGGUGGCACAUAAGUGAGAAGGAAUACAGUGACACGUUCUACCCGACCCACUGCUCCGGCACCGCUUACGCAUUUUCCACGUCAGCCGUCGACGUGCUUCUCAACAACACGCUCACAACGCCCUCUAUAUGGAUUGAAGACAUUUAUAUAUCCGGUAUGCUGGCGACCUCUAUCGCCCAUGUGCACGCCAAGGAAUUUUUAUUCUACCACGUGAGAUUCCAGAGGAACAAAUGUCUGUACAGGAAACAGAUUGCUAUGCACAUGAUUCCGAUGCCUCGACGCAAACUGAUAUAUGCCGCAAUGCGCAAGUGCUGAGCCUUUUUUACCAUACUUUAUGAAGUCUUCUUCACCCUGAGACUUGUUCGGAUUCUCAAAUCAUUGUCGACGAGGACAUGCGCGGACGCUUUUUAACGCAAACCUUUUUUUUAGAAAGAAGCAGUUAUACAGGGGCAACUCGUAAAUCUAGCUGCGAGGGACAUAAAUUGGAUAGAAGUGGCGCAGCAGAUCAAGUAGCGAUGAUCGCAAGAAGCAGCGACAGCUCACGAAACGGGGAUCCCGUCUGCUCACGAUGGUGAGUCUCUCUGAUGGAAUGCAUCACCGCUGCGACACCUUUCAAAACUUCUUGAUCAAUAUUUAGCUCAGGAAGCCACCAUAAAAUUAGCAUGAAUCAUCUCAUUAAUGGAUGCCUACCAGUGUGUAGUGGGAAUAAAACGCGAUAGCGAGGAUCCAGAUAUCGAGAGCUAGCAGAAAUCAAAUAGGCGAGAUGGUGGGGUGAAGAUGGAGGAUGAAUGAACGUUGGGAACGCUGGAGUCAACAUUGAGACAGAUUGGUAGGCAUUGGAUGUGACUACCGGGAAUAAGGUAGUUUCAGAUUUCCGAUGAAGAGGGCGCUGUUGUUGCUGUUGAUAUUCGGGGUUCUCAUCGUCUUUAUUUUCAACAAUGCCAUGUUCUUGUUGCCCGGAUUAUGGUCGAGAACACUCACCACCACGAGCUUACACUUCAGCGCGCGUCACGUGAUGACGCGCAUGGCCAUGAUGGUGGACAACAAUAGACGAUCUUGGAACAAACGGGGUGAGCCGGAGUAUUACAUCCCACGUGACUACAGGUUUAUUGCUGAGUCUGGACAAACUUGCAAGAAGUCGGAUGGAAACCCGGCUCCAGUGGAGAUCGUGGU